UUGAAGGCCGGAACCUGGGGCCGGGGUUUGAGGGACGGGGGAACCGAGGUCCGGACGAACACGGAGAUGUUCCGGGUGGAUCACUUCCUGUUUACAUGGCAUCCCGGAAGCUGUGCUCACCGUGAGGAAGCGGAGACUUGUUGCUGCUGAAGGAGGAUAAUUUAUACGUUUUGAGAAAACACGAUGCAGUACACAGUAAACAUCAAACUCUCCGCCAGGACUUUAACGGGAACACUGAGUGGCCAGAACAGAGGGGCAGUGGACUGGGGUUGGCAAGGUUUAAUUGCCCAUGGUUGUCACUCACUCGUAUUGAUCAUUGAUCCAUGCACGUCACAAACAAUUCAAGUUCUGGAAAGACACAAAGCAAAUGUUGUGAAGGUAAAAUGGGCUAGAGAAAACUACCACCAUAGUAUUGGCUCUCCCUAUUCCUUGCGUCUGGCAUCAGCAGACAUUGUAGGAAAAAUCAUAGUUUGGGAUGUUGCUACUGGAGCAGCUCGUUGUGAGAUUCAGGAGUACACCAAACCCAUUCAAGGUAAGAGAUUAAGUUGUAAUAAAAACUGGAGCGCUGCAAGUCUACUGAAGUUUACAUAGAUACCACACGAUGAU